GGUGGAAUCGAGAAUGUGGAAAUCGCUCGCACCUAUUAUUCGCAAGCUCUCAAAUUAAAUCCAAAUAACUUGCGGGCACUAUAUGGGCUAUAUCUUUGUUGCAGUUACAUAGCCAAUUCCCGCGCCGUGGUAUCAAAACGUAGGGAAGCCCAAAAAAUGGCGCAAUGGGCAUUGGAGAAUGCCACAAUGCGAACCACAAAAUCAUCGAAAAUUUCUAGCAACGAUAAACUAAUCUCGGUUUUAGAAAGCGCCCUGGGAGGCUUAGAUAUUAAGUCAAAUUGACAUAGUUCUGAAACAUUGUUAGUAAAUUUGUAAUUUUGCGCGACUAGAUGAUAAUAUAAAACAUCCAUUAACUAAA